AGUAAACCACAGCCUUCAGCAUACUCUGCUCAGGCUGCAGCAGUGGCUUCUCAGUGGUGUCUCGGCCAUGACAUACAUUUGACAUGCCCUCCCUCAACCCACUCACAGACGGUUUCUCUUGCUCUGCAGCAUGGACCAAAGAGAAAUUCUGCAGAAGUUCCUGGAUGAGGCCCAAAAUAAGAAAAUUAACAAAGAGGAGUUUGCCAAUGAAUUUCUGAAGCUGAAAAGGCAAUCUAUGAAAUACAAGGCAGACAAAACCUAUCCUACAACUGUGGCUGAGAGGCCCAAGAAUACAAAGAAAAACAGAUAUAAGGAUAUUUUGCCCUAUGAUUAUAGCCGGGUAGAGCUAUCCCUGAUAACCUCUGAUGAGGAUUCCAGCUACAUCAAUGCCAACUUUAUUAAGGGAGUUUAUGGACCUAAGGCUUACAUUGCCACACAGGGUCCUUUAUCUACAACUCUCCUGGACUUCUGGAGAAUGAUCUGGGAAUACAGUGUCCUGAUUAUUGUUAUGGCAUGCAUGGAGUUUGAAAUGGGAAAGAAAAAGUGUGAGCGCUACUGGGCUGAGCCAAGAGAGAGACAGCUGCAAUUUGGCCCUUUCUCCAUAUCAUGUGAAGCUGAAAAAAGGAAAUCCGAUUAUAUAAUCAGGAUUCUAAAAGUCAAGUUCAAUAGUGAAAUUCGAAUUGUCUACCAGUUUCAUUAUACAAAUUGGCCAGACCAUGAUGUGCCUUCAUCUAUAGACCCCAUUCUUGAGCUCAUCUGGGAUGUGCGUUGUUACCAAAAAGACAACAGUGUUCCCAUAUGCAUUCACUGCAGUGCUGGCUGUGGAAGAACUGGUGUUAUUUGUGCUAUUGAUUAUAUAUGGAUGUUACUAAAAGAUGGGAUAAUUCCUGAGAACUUCAGUGUUUUUUGUUUGAUCCAGGAAAUGCGAACACAGAGGCCUUCUUUAGUUCAAACUCAGGAACAGUAUGAACUGGUCUACAGUGCUGUAUUAGAACUAUUUAAGAGACAGAUGGAUGUUAUUAGAGAUAAACAUUCUGGAACAGAGAUUCAAGCAAAGAAUUCAAUUCCUGAGCAAAAUCCCACUCCACAAGCAGACUCUUAUUCUCCUAGUUUACCAAAAUGCACCAUAAAAGCAGCAAAAGUAAUAAGCCAACAGAGCAAACAAAGGACAAAGGUAGAAAAUGCAGAAGCUUCUUCCUUUGAAUUUAGGACUUCUGAAAUAAGUGCAAAAGAAGGGUUAGUUUUAUACCCUGCUAAAUCGAGCACUUCUUUUGACUUUUUGGAGCUGAAUUAUGGUUGUAACAAAAACUCUGACACAACUAUGACAAAGCCAUUUUCAAUAGUUGGGGAACCUCUUCAGAAGCAUCAAAGUUUGGACUUGAGCUCCAUUUUGUUUGGGGAAUGUCCUAAUUCUAAACCUGUAAAUGCAGCAGGAAGAUAUUUUAAUUCAAAGGGGCCAAUAAUACGGACUAAAUCAACUCCUUUUGAAUUGAUACAGCAGAGAGAAACCAAGGAACUGGACAUCAAGAAAAGUUUUUCUUAUUUGGAAUCUCCACCACAUGAUUCUUGUUUUGCAGAGUUGCAGGCUCAAAAAGUGAUGCAAGUUUCUUCAGCAGAACUGAAUUAUUCAUUGCCAUGUGACUCUAAGCACCAAAUGUGUAAUGCCUCUAAUGUAAAGCAGCAUCACUCUAGUGCUUUGAGUGUAUAUUCUUACAUGUCUUUAGUAGAAGAUCCUUAUUUUUCAUCAUUGCCUCCAAGUGGUGCUGGUUCUAAGAUGUCUCUUGAUUUACCAGAGAAGCAAGAUGGAACUGUUUUUCCUUGUUCUUUGUUGCCUACACCUUCUACAACCCUCUUUUCUUAUUACAAUUCAUGUGACCCUAUAGCAUUGAAUCCUCCAACCAAUUUUCCCCCACCACUGAACCAAGGGACAGCUGUAGUGGCAACUUAUCCAAGGACAGAUGAUGAAAUCCCCCCUCCACUUCCUAAACGGACUCCUGAAUCUUUUAUUGUGGUAGAGGAAGCUGGAGAAUUCCCACCAAUUGUUUUUGGAAACAACAAAUCCUUAUCUCCCACUGUGAAUGUAAAAAUUGGAACAUCACAGGAAUGGAGCGGAACAUCUGAAUCAAAGAAACUUGCUGACUCUGUAAGGCUCAGACCAAGCAAGAGUGUAAAACUUCGGAGUCCCAAAUCAGAUCUACAUCAAGAUGGUUCUUCUUCCCCCCCACCUCCACUCCCAGAAAGAACCCUAGAGUCCUUCUUUCUUGCUGAUGAAGAUUGUAUGCAGCCCCAAUCUAUAGAAACUUAUUCUACUAGAUGUCCUGACCACAUGGAAAAUUCAACAUCUUCAAAGCAGACAUUGAAGACUCCUGGAAAAGGUUUCACAAGGAGUAAGAGUUUGAAAAUUUUGCGAAACAUGAAAAAGAGUAUCUGUAACUCUUCCCCACCAAGCAAGCCUGCAGAAUCUGUUCAGUCAAAUAACUCCAGCUUUUUUCUGAAUUUUGGUUUUGCAAAUCGUUUUUCAAAACCUAAAGGACCAAGGAACCCACCAUCAACUUGGAAUGUUUAAUACAACUCUGGAUUUAUAAGAAUAUAGGCUGCAAAUGCAUCUGCAAAUAAAGCAACUAGAAUACUGCUAGCUAAAAUAAGUGAUCUACAUUUAUAAUAUCAAUAAUGAAGUUAUGCUAAUGUUAAUAGCCUUUAAAAGAAAAGCAAUAUACAAGUAUGUGCCAGUAGUUUUUGCAUUUUCAUAUCAUUUACGUUGGGUUGGAAACUGCAAGUAAUGGUUUGUCACUUGAGCUUAUGUAGAGAAUGCUGUUAUAACAAAGUGUUUUAGAAUGGACAUAUUUUUCAUUUUUGGAAGUUAUUUUUACUUUAUUUUACUUUUCUACAUAAACUUUAAAAAGUUUGUAAGAAUUGGAUCUCAAUUACAUUUCUACAUUGGCAGAAUUUACUAUAAAAAGUUUUAAAAAAAACCUUACCUUGUGGUUGCAGUACAAAAUUACUGCUAGUGACAAUGACUAUUUCUUGGGAUUUAUAACUCCAUUUAUACUCCUAAAUUGAGUAUACCUUGCACAUCUUCCCAAAUAUUGUGGGAAACUAGAGUAUUAAGAAAAGAAAUUAUAUUUAAGAGAAUAAAAUGUACAAAUAAUGACAAUAAUCACUUUUUAAUCUGUAUAUACUAACAAAAUGUUCAGCUACAUUCCUGAUAAGUUUUAACCAAAAUUAUUCAAUUACCAAUUCUAGAAAUAUAAUCAACUAAAUAGCUCUCUUUUGGGAGCAUUUUCUUCAUUUAAAAGGUCCUAUAUAAAGAUGUGCAAUAUGUAUCCAACCAAUCAGAGGUACUGCUAGGUUAAAAUAUAUUUCUAUAUGAAUAUGAUCUGUCUUAAGAAAAUCUGAUAUUUCAAAUAUAAUUUUAUGUAGCAAAUAAAUUGGUAGGUAAUUAUUAUUACAAAGGAUUCACCUAACUUCCCCUAAAAAUUUAACAUAUUUUAUUUAAAAAAAGAUUUAUAACUUUUAAAAUCAUGUAUUACUUAAACAUCAGUUGCUCUUCAAUAUUUUUUAUUAGGAAGCCAAUGACAGGAAAAAUUGAAUAAGAUAUUGUUACCUGUCUAUUGUAGUACAAUGUACCGAAUAGGUGAUCAAUAAAUUUUUUGUUUUAAACU